AUGUCUUUCUCUCUCUUCAUGGCCCAGCCCACCGCUGCCUUCGGCCGUCGCGUCCUUGGCUUCUGCGCCAGGGUACUUUCGGUUACAGCUUCUGUUACCAACGCUACAGAGGAUGAUGCCGAUAUUCUCGAGUCUUUUAGCUCCAUCGGGUCCGACGAACAUCAUGUCGACCUGAUCUCUAUGGACGACGAUGCACUGGCCACCCGACCCCGCACUCCUCUGUCGGCCAUCGCCGCUCCAGAGAGUGUCACCGCCGGACCUAGCCGUCUGUCAUACGUUGACGACGAGAAAGUUGUUGAAAUGCUCGCGAAGAUGGCCGCUCACCGCGCUUCCCUGAUCCCGAUUCCUAAAGAAAUCGGUGCAUCCGAGAGUGUCGACACUGAAUUUGGUCAUCUGUUCCGGAACGCGGACGCGAGCACCGACGACGAAGAUCAUGUCUUCGAGCCCAACUACGUCUUCGAUGGCGACUUCAACGCCCACAAGGCUUCAAGCCUCGAGCUCCCUGCAAAGCGCACUGCAGCCGGAGAGAAGGUAUGCAAGGUCGUUACGAUUGAGGCCAUUGGCCUCCCGGCCCCGCACAGCGGCGGGUCGCCGAUGUCUCCGUCCUCCACGGAGAAAACCAUCGUGAAAUCUGAAUGUAUGGAUACACUCCUGGGCGCCAGCGCUUCCUUCAGUGCCGCCUGCGAGGACAUCUCGGCUAUCCACCAUACUCUGUUCACGCCCUUUGCCGAAGUCGGCCAGUGGACCAAUCCCGCUGCCGCCCUCCCAGAAAGCUGCUCAUCUAUCGCUCAGAUCGCCAUAUCUGUCUCGUUUUCUGCCGAAUUCGGCCAGUGGUCUACCCCCUCUGCCGUGCUUCCAGAGAACACGACCUCCGUCGACGACAUCGUGGCGAUCCAUGCUUCGCUCUUCGCGUCUGCAUCUACCCUUUCCGCUGAAGCCGGCCAAUGGAACGACCCCGCUGCCGCGCUUACGGAGAGCUUCUCCUGCAUCUCGCUGCUCCUUGUACCAUCGCCAGGGUCGGCGGUCAAGCCGCCCGCGCCUUCCCCAUUGGACCUUGUCUCGGCCCUGGUCGCGGCGAAGCCUACGCCUUACUCGCUUUCGCGAUCCCGCUUGGUCCAACCGCGCGUCCCUGUCAAGCCUCAGUGGCCCCACUCGGACGUGCUCGCGACACCGCUCGCGCUCAAGAAGGAGACCCGUCCUCGGCCUAGCUCCCUGCCUGUUGAUCGAGAGCCAAAGCUUCCCUCCCCGGCUCAGGCCAAGGCGGCGACUCCUCUUAGGACUCACCUCACCGCUCCCCGUCCUCCUCCUCUCGCCAAGGUGAUCCUGCAGCGGAAUGCUUCACGAUCGCCAGCGACACAUACUCCUCGGCCCUCUGUGCAGGCGGAUAAGACACGCGCUGUGUCCGCGUCCCCUCGCAAGCUAUCCUGCCCACCGGGCGAAAACGCCAAGUUCCAACAAACCUCGGUGCGGUCUCCCUCUCGUCGCUCGUCGAUUGUCCCCGUCACGCCUUCGGCGCGCUCGGGCAAGACGCAGCUCAAGCACCCCCUGCAGUGGCGCUAG